AGUAGAAUUUUGAAUUUUAUUCUUUAUCGUCAUAAAAUAUAUCUGUUGAAGAGAUCCCUUAUUAAAAAAGGGGGGAAACAAACGCAUCAGACAAAGUUAGCGAAAAGAAGCUAUUCUCCUCCCCUUUACUUCCCCUGUCCCUCCUCUGCGCCUUUUCUUUUUUCCGAGGAGCGCACGCCGCUUGUCUCCAGAGUCGCGCUGUUUCUGGUCGGUACGCGCACUUUGCCAGACGCGCUGUGCCCGCACGGUGCCGCCGCUCGGCUGCCCUCCUCGGGGCUCUCAUCCAAGUUCAGAUCUGCUCCGAACCCGAUCAUCUGAAGGACUCCACUGCUUCUCCCUCGGAGAUCCGGGUCAGCCAAGGGCGUCGGAGGAGGCAGCAGAGAAACGCGGCGCUGGAUUAAUUACGGGACGCCGUGGGAAAAAAACUGACUUGAGUGACAGUGAAGUGCUUCUGAAUUUCCACUACAAAUACAGCCAUAUAACUUUAAGAAGCUUUUUUUUUUGCUGCAGCCUAGUCGACGCGCAUGUUUUCGUUCCGCGAGUUAUCGCUGUUAUUAUUAAACGGAAAUGUUGCCAGUUAUUUUGCUGAAUUGAUAUAAAUUAGGAGAACACUUGCUGCGGUACUGAGAUCAAUUAAACUACCGAAUGCAACUUUACUUUCUAAGGUAACAGUGUUUAAUUAAACAAGAUUAGAAGAAUGCCGUGAGGAAGAAAACGCUUUGUAAGAUGCGUGUCGAAGGGCAUUUUAGACGCCACUUUAAUGCAGCGCUGUUUGAUUUUAAUCAGGGAAGCGAAGUGUUUUUAAGGUAGUUUUAAGUGAUGGUUUGCAAAACUUGAGGACCGCCGGUCGCCGUUAUUGGUAUUUCAGGGUUAAGGAUGAAAAGUCGUGUUCAUUAAAGUACGUGGAGACGUAUGACAAAAAACUUUAACAGUUCGUUUGCUGCGUUUAAUUGGGAGAUUAUUAUCUUUAUUGACGCUGGCGAUGUCGGUCAGCCCGUCCAAUAACGGCGGUCUCAGGAUGCUUGCUCCGCCGGCCCCCGGCGACGAGAGGCAGGUUGAGUUUGUCGCCCUGACUGCCGUCCACACGGAGCGCAGCGAGCCGUCCACCCCGGAGCGCGGACACCCAUGCCAGCGGACCGGGCUGUUGGGAACCCCGCUGCCGGGGCCGCCCGGACCCCGGACGAGCGCGUCCGCCUCCAGCAAGCGCUGCAGAAAGUUGCAGAACUACCUGUACAACGUGCUGGAGCGGCCGCGGGGAUGGGCCUUCGUCUACCACGCGUUCAUCUUCCUGCUCGUGUUCAGCUGUCUGGUGCUGUCUGUCUUCUCCACCAUCCCUGAACAUCAGAACAUCGCCAACGAGGGUCUCUUCAUCCUGGAGUUUGUGAUGAUCGUGGUGUUCGGACUGGAGUACAUCGUGAGGGUCUGGGCUGCCGGAUGCUGCUGCCGGUACCGGGGCUGGCAGGGGCGUCUGCGCUUCGCCAGGAAGCCCUUCUGUGUGAUUGACUUCAUCGUGUGCGUGGCGUCCAUAGCGGUGAUCGCGGCCGGCACGCAGGGGAACAUCUUUGCCACGUCUGCGCUGCGCAGCAUGCGGUUCCUGCAGAUCCUGCGCAUGGUGCGCAUGGACCGCCGUGGCGGCACCUGGAAGCUGCUGGGGUCGGUGGUGUAUGCCCACAGCAAGGAGCUCAUCACAGCCUGGUACAUCGGAUUCCUCGUGUUGAUCUUUGCCUCCUUCUUGGUUUACUUAGCCGAGAAGGAGGUCAACACAGAAUUCUCCACCUACGCCGACUCCCUCUGGUGGGGAACAAUCACCCUCACCACCAUUGGAUAUGGGGAUAAGACCCCACGCACCGGACUGGGCCGCGUGUUAGCCGCCGUCUUUGCCCUGAUGGGCGUGUCCUUCUUCGCACUUCCAGCAGGGAUCCUGGGCUCCGGAUUUGCCCUGAAAGUGCAGGAACAGCACCGGCAGAAACACUUCGAGAAGAGACGGGUCCCCGCGGCCAACCUCAUCCAGGCCGCAUGGCGUCUCUACUCCACAGAUGCUCAGCGCUCCUACCUCACGGCGACCUGGUACUUCUACGACAGCAUGCUACCUUCGUUCAGAGAACUGACCCUACUCUUCAGUCACCUGCAACAGCAGCGUAACACCAAGAAAGGCCAGCACUUCCACACACUGCUGUCCGGGCUGCGGCCCCACAGCUCCCCCUUCCUGUCGAGGGACAGGAGGGCAGGAGUCAAACGCAGGCCCUGCUCCUCACCCUUUCUCCUACCUUGUCUCUUCAGUCAGCUCAUAUCUAAAAAGCGGGGUCUCUUCCGGAUCCAUGCCGGUCGCAAGCAGAGUGGCGGGAAGAUGGGCUUCCGUGACCGAAUUCGGAUGAACAACACCCGGGCAGCCCAGACAGCUCGUGCCAAGGCAUCGCCCCUGCCCACCAGCGAGGCACGCCCCUCCCCCAGCUCAGAGCACCCACCCGAGGCCUCCAGUCCUGAGAAGGUGCAGAAGAGCUGGAGCUUUAACGACCGAUCGCGCUUCCGCACGUCGCUGAGGCUCAAGCACCGGCCCGCCAUCGACGAAGGUGCAGGGGAUGACUACACGGACGAGAAGACCUACCCCGAUGUGGCCAUGGAUGAGGUGAUACCGGCCGUGAAGGCCCUCAUCCGCGCUGUCAGGACCCUCAAGUUCCUUGUGGCGAAGCGCAAGUUCAAGGAGACGCUGCGUCCGUAUGACGUGAAGGAUGUCAUCGAGCAGUACUCCGCGGGUCACCUGGAUAUGCUCGGCCGAAUCAAGAGUCUGCAAAGCCGGGUGGAUCAGAUCGUGGGCCGCGGAGCCAGUCAGCCCGACAAGAAGGUACGGCAUGAAAAGGGGGAAAAGUUGCCCUUGGAUUUGGACCCCCACGAGGAGCCGAGCAUGAUGGGACGUGUCCAGAAGGUGGAGAAACAGGUGCAGUCCAUCGAGAGCAAACUGGACAUGCUGCUGAACUUCUAUACGCAGUGCUUGAAGAAGGGCUCCUCGCAUGUCACCCUGUCCUCCCUGCUGGAGGCCGAGCUCACCUCCGACUACCACAGCCCAACUGAUCACCAGGAGCUCUUCCCCUCUGCCACCACACUCAACAUCUCCCGCUCUGAGAGCAGCACCAUGGACUGACGGGAAAUAUCCCGGAAGGCCGACCUCACCACCUCACCCUCAUUCCAAACCUUCACCAUCUGACACGCAUCUAUCUCCUCUUUUCUCAUACAUGAAAUUAGAAACUAGGGGCGUGGCUAUGGGUGGGCAUGGCUACGGUGGGUUUGGCAGAGCCCACCCAGACGGAUUGGCUCACCCAACAGAGACAGACCGAAUGUAACUAAUCGUUAGUGAUUUAAUAGAAUCGGUAAAUUAUGAAAUAACUUUUACCAUCCCCCCCCCCCCCCCCCCAGGCUGAUGAUUUCUGGCAUCCUGGUAAUGCCAAUUCCUGAAACAAAUCCUACCCACAAUUCCCUGUGCCAUUUCUUAAGCCUCUCCCCUUCUUUCGUUUCCUGCCUUUUUUAUGUGUCGCGCAUCGCCCUCUCCUGGCCAUUUCCUCUCAUGGCAAUCGUCCCAGAGCCGUGACGACUCUCCACAGAGGGCCAACGUCUAAGCAUGAACGGGCUGCAAACAUGGCUGCAAAGACCAUUUGCUGCGACGAGCCUUUCUUCCUCAGCUCGGGUGUGAACGGGCAUGAACGGGUACUCCCCGACUACUGAUAUGCAAGCGUUAUUUCACGCAUCCGUCUGUCUCGGUCGCCUGGCUCGGAAGCACAAGCCGGCGCACACAAUGCAAGGCUGGCAGAUUCUGCGAUUCUUUUGUUUUGAGGUUUUUCUCCUGUAUCUUUUUGUUGUCUAUGAAUUAAUAUCAAAGAAUGUGAACAAAAAGUUUUGGGGUCGGGGAAAAUGCGAUAUUUUUUACAGAUCUGUUUGAUUUUGGCACUGAAAUUGGAGAAUCUCGCUUCCUGACUGGGCUCAGAUGUUCUCUGCUGAUAGGCUGGGAGCUUCCCGGGAAUGUCCCCUUGUCAGCGUCACUGUGGAGUAUUUGUGGACAGGUGGCCUCGGGUUUGUGACUCAGCACUUGACCGAGGGCAAAACGGGAAGCCGCUCAGCAAAUCCGUCCUCGUCCUCAACUGACUCUGCCUCCACAGUGACUUUUACUGGUUCAUCUACAGAUUCUUUGAGUUUUUUUGGGAGGUAAAACUCAAUGAUCCCCCCCUCCCUCGCAUGUCCAUCGCAGAUUUCAGUUUAAUCGCAAUGUUCAGAAAGAAAAUGAGUAAAAGCGAAACCUUCCCAAAGAUUGUGUUAUGUGAUGGAGAAGGUUUGGACGUGAGCAGCGGUAAUGGAGCAGAGAUGGUCACUUUCAUCCUGCUCUGUUUAGGGAAGAGGUUUGUGAUUCACCGCUGUCAUCUCCUUCAGCUCAGUCUCUCGUUGCAUUGCACUUUCUCUCCGUCAUCAUCCCUGUGUUCCACCAUACACUUUGACCAGGACAUCCAUCAGGGCUGUCACGUAACCUGUAGUAAAGCCAGGACCUUCUUCCCUAAUCAGAUCAUGUUCUCCUUUUUUUACGUAAAGCAUCAUUCUCACCUCUGUAUUAAGGUUCCCACCUGCAUUUUACAUUUAUUUUUACACUAUUUUUUUGUGUAAAUCUACCACUGUGGCCUUAAACUGUGAGGCAGGCCCCGACCUCUACCAGGGCCCAACCCCUUGCUCGACUGAGCACAUCAACUUCAAGCGCCAGCUCAGCACCUCAGCCGCCGCUGUGGCACAAUCCACUCAGGUGGCUCCUACCCAGUUAUAUAACACCGACAUCUGCUGUCGCGCUCUUGUCGUUUGUACUGGAAACGUUAACCGCAUGUUAAGUUAAAAAUAUGACUUCAUAACCUGUCCUUGCGUAGGUUUAGGCACAGUCACAUGACCACGUGGCCACCAUGAUAACCGAGGGUUUCUCAAUAUGCAUACUUGACCGUACUUGUGUUCUCGGGGUCUUCUGUAACCGUUUUAUGUCUUCGUCCCUGACUGAAGACCAGCUCCAAUUCUAAGAACAGGAGUACAGAGGAAGGUAAAAAUCCCCACCUCAAAUAUCAAAGAUACGUCGUUGGCAUCCUCACCAAACGAGACCAAUCCCAUGAUUCAUUGCAUCCCAAGUUCAUUAUUGGGAGGCAAGCUAGCAAGACCAGGCUUGCCAAGACCUCAAGUACGAUCUUCGUGUUCUUGGUAUGGAGGAACCACCUGAGUGCCUGGCCCAGACAGAACAAACUCGGCGAACUUGAACUCCUUCCUCCCGCUUUUGGAAAGCUGCUGCUCCUUUCAGACCGACAGCUCGGCUUGACGUGUUAAGAAUGAUCUAAAUCAGUAGGACACCUAAACUGUGUGUGUUAGCUUGAUUAUUUUGGUAGUUUCUCCUAGUGGCAUUUACUUAAUUUUAACGGACGGAACUGGAAUACACCGCACUCGUAUCACAUGAUUUGUUUCUAUCCACAUAGAGAUUUAUCGCACGAUUGUUUUGUAAAUGUUGCGAAUUCAGUUUUAUUUUUUUAUGAUCUGCUCUGCUCCACUGAUUUUCUUACACACACCUUGUAGGUGCUUAUAUAGACAAUAUAUUUUAUAGUCUUUUUUUUUGUCUUAGUAAUAUGUAUGUUUUUGAAAGCCAUAGUAAAACAAAAAAGUAUUAUUUGAGUGAAAUGUCUCGGAUUGUAUUCAAAAGGUGAAUAAAGCUAGUAUUUUGUUUAAAGAAACAUACUGGCAUCAAUGAGGACAGUGUAUCAUAAUUUGUAUCUGCUCAGGUGAUGCGUUUUGCUGUAGGAGUGAGAUUUACAGCAGGGUGGCUCGCUGGUUGUUGAUGUACAAAAGUCCUAGAUGCUGCAACUGUGUUGGAAAAAGCAUAUCAGUUAGCAUCCAAUGGUCAGUAAAAUCGUGGUGAGGUCAUUUUAAAUUCAAAUAAUUAGCUAAAUUAAUAAGAAAUAAGAACAAAGGCUAGCGGGAUUCCACGUGAUUCCAGUGUCCAGAAUUGCUGUUUUUUUUCGCUUGUCGUUUAUUGGAAUCUACGGAGCCCCUGAAGGGGCCUGUGCAAAAAAUAAAAUACUCUUUCUUUUGAGUGCGCACGCGGAAUUAUUUCGGGUGCACGCGAAAGUAACAUAAUGUUGAUUUUCUUUUUCUUUGCAUAAUUCCCUAAAGGGGCUCCGUAGUAGUAACUUUUUCAAAAUAAAAUCUUGAGAAUCCAUCCGUUCACAGAAGGUAUCACUGUCCAGCUCACAAACCACAAAACAUAGGCUUAAUUUAACCUGACUGGAAGUUUGCACCAAGUAGUUGUCAGCUAUUGUCCUGAAGUAUCUGUCCUGUGUUGUUUUUGAUUUUAAUCAACACCUUAAUGGGAUCUGGGGGAUAUUCCAUACACCAGGAUUUCUUGCUUUGCCCGAGAACGUCUUGGAUUUAUGCUAAAUUGACUAUCGUCAUUCACUUACAUUUACUAUCUUAAAUCCGACAAGUUACCAAUCUAAGCAAGAAAUCCUGCUUGAUAGAAUACCCCCUGAACUGCUUUGAAUGAAACUAGAGAUCGAAAUCCUGACUCUCUUCAGUGAAAACUUCUGUACUAUGUCGAGAUCCUUUGAUAUUUUUCCCUUUAUGUUUAAUAAAAUUAUCAAAUUUUAUUUUUAUGUAACUUUAAUUAUAUAUUUAUGGAUAAUUAUGAAUAAUAUGGAUUCAUUAUAUAUUUUUAUAGUUCGAUAUAGUUUAUACUUAAUUACAUUUUAUUGGGCGUAUUGUCUUCAGUACACCAGAGGGUGGCGAAAGUGAGAAUAUCUUGGUUGCGAACAGCAUGUUCUGCUCCAUUGAUCUGUUCCGUGAUCGAGAUGAACUACAAACGAUCUGCAGACCGAUAUCAUUUUCUUCACUUAAAAAAGGAAACCGAGUCCUGCUGUCAAAGUGGUGCGCUGAGGCACGCGCUAAGGGACCGCAUUUCUCAGCCCUGCUCCUCACUGCACGUGCGCUACAGGGGUCUUAAAUGCACGUGCUCCGGUGGUCAUUGAAUGAAUCUGUACAAUGCAAAUUACUAAAGAUUCAUAAUUGAAAAAUUUUAUAUGUUUAAGCCAAAUUGUUGCUUGGAAACUGGCUUUUAAUAGCUUAAUUUCCAUGAAUAAAUAUUCUGGUGUUUUUUUGCUAAUUUAUCGGCAUUUUAUUAAUUGACUGCUGCCGUUUUUUAAACGGUUAACGCAAUUACAGUUUAUGUUUUAGACUAUUUUGUAUUGUUUUCCAUUUAUUGCAAACGAUUAAGGGCUCAACUUAAGUGAAAAUAAGGAUAUGCGUAUGCUAUUCCUCUUAAACCAAAUACACUUUCAGACCUGUCGAUUAACAUGUGCGUGGAUAUUCAUAAACAUACGCUGAAGGAAGCAACCCCAUAUUUUGUUUAGUUACUGAUUUUUUUAACGGUGGUUAACAGUAGGUAGACUUCCGGCAAUAGGUGUGAUCGCCGGGGAGACAGUGAAGCGGUAAUUGUCAAAUUGCCAUUGCGGCCUUGCUGCCGGAUGCAAUUUAAGUAAAUAUAAUCCUUUUGCCCGUUUCAGACCCUUUACUCUUAGAAUUUACAAAAAAUAAUUAUAGAAAUGGGAAUGGUCGCUUAAUCAUAUAUUACUACGAUUGAGCUCGUGAAUGCUUACCAAACGAUACUUAUUAAUUUAGCAUUUUGACCACAACCUCCCUGAGCACGGUAAACCUGCUGAAGAAUGCCAUUAUAUUGCAGUAUAGUAGACUAAUCUCCUUCCCGCCUGCGUUUCACUCUGCAUGCGUUGGACGAGCGAGUCCGCGGAAAGCCGCUAGGUGGAGGUCCAGACUGUCCGCUCUACACGGGGCCGUGAGAGGCGGCAUCGAGGGUUACCUUACCGCGGGUUACCUUACUGCGGUGAUGUGCAUGGUCAAGCUCUCUGCAUGCAUUCUUUCUCUUCGAUUCUGUCGAUUGCUUGAAUGUACAUUUGUACCAGAUCACACCUUUCCGUGUUUGCAUCUUUCUUAUAUAACAGUUAUGAUAAUUCAAAACGAAAAAUGCCUGUAAAGCAAUAAAUUGCUAAAGAAUUAAUCAGAGUCUUCCAAUGCGAUUGAGGAAAUAAUGACCUCAUUAUUCAUGAAGAUCACUUGUAUAGCUAGUCCUUCUUUAAAUGUUAUCAAUUUGAAAUAGUACCUCAAUAUAAUACCUGAUUAAUUUAUUAUUUAUGUCUCAAUAAAGUUUUUUUGAAGACUGAAUAUCA